AUGACCUCAGUUCACACUCUAGGGGGACAUGAGCAACCUUCUCGAGAAAAUGUCAUUUUCCAUGGAGACUUAGUAUUUCAGAAUUAUACAUUUGGGCACCCUCCAACUACUGUGAGUUCUCCAGAGCCCAUAUCAGAUACCCAGAUCCGGGUGAAUGGGUCCUUCUUGAAAUCACAAUCAACAGAAAAUGUCUCCACUUAUGUUUCUCUGCUCAUCUCCAUACUGGGAACAAUUGGCGACGGACUUGUCAUCUGGUAUCUCAUCUUCCACUUCAAGAAGAGCUCUUUUACUGCCUACAUCCUUCACCUCUUGACGGCUGACUUAACUUCCCUACUUUGUAUUUCUACCAAUACUAUAGUUCACAUGGUUUAUUCCAAGAAUGACUCAACCAAACUACAAUUAGUUGACUUCAUCUUCUGCGUGCUGAUUCUGUUUGGCUACGACACCGGCCUCUACCUCCUGACAGUCAUCAGUGUGGAGAGGGGUCUUUCAGUCCUUUGCCCCAUCUGGUACCAAUGCCAACGCCCAAAGCGCCAAUCUGCUGCAGCACUCUCCGUUUCUGUGACCCAGUUAGCAGGCUUCUUCUGUCUUCAGGGCACACAUCCCAGGUUCCCCACUAGACCAUGUGCUGUGGUGGAAGUAUUUUUGCUUACCUUGAACUUCCUCGUGUUUGUCCCUCUCGUGGUGCUCUCAAGCUUGGCCCUCUUCAGCAAGGUCCUCUGUAACCUGAAGUACCGCCAGCCAGCCAAGCUUUACAUCAUCAUCAUCACCACGGUCAUUCUGUUCCUUCUCUCUGCAAGGCCUUUGAGAGUCUUGCUGAUGUUAUUUGACUUCCAGGAUGAAAACAAUGAAUUUCUAUCGAUAGUAUUUAUAUAUCUGAAUUUAUUAUCUUGUAUUAAUAGCACCAUCAACCCAACUGUCUAUUCCAUGGUUGGUCGGAUUAGGGGGCAGAGAGCCAGGAAGUCCUUGAAAGACACAAUGCAAAAGGUCUUUGAGGAUAACCCAUGUCCAUGUGGGAGAGAACAACGUGAGCACUCCAAAAUCAGUGCCCUCCUCAGGGACACUGAUAAACAAACAAGCAAACUGUACUGUCUCCUCUAUUAA